CUACAGCAGAAAAAUGACGGCACCGACAACCACUGUGAAUGUCCAUGAUGACCCAGAGGCUUUCAUUGCUUCUUUAUCAGAAGACCAGAUUGCAGAGUUCAGAGAGGCGUUUUCUGUGUUCGACAAGGAUGGUGACGGUACGAUCACAGCCUCCGAGUUGGGGACAGUCAUGGCUUCGUUAGGUCACAAUAUGUCGGAAGAGGAACUUGCUGUGCUGCUCAAAGAGGCGGAUUCUGACGGUAAUGGUAAAAUCGAGUUUGAGGAGUUCGUCGUCAUGAUGGCGAAGAAAAUGGAUAAUGAAGGAAGCGAGGAGGAUAUCAGAGAAGCAUUUAAGGUAUUUGACAAGACGGGUUGCGGUUACAUCAUGGCGGACGACCUGAAACGGAUCAUGACCUCAAUGGGGGACAAGAUGACACAGGAAGAGGUAGAUGAAAUGAUAUCGGAGGCAGAUUUGGAUGGAGAUGGGCAGAUCUUUUACGAAGAGUUUACAAAGAUGUUGGCGACGAAGUGAGAGUGCCAUUAUCGUACGGACGAAGCGUUGCGGAAACGUGUGACGG